ACACUCAAUCUCUCCAUUCCUCAACUCUCCAACCAAUCUUUAUCGUCAACUACCCACCAAUGUAAAAUCCACGGUCAAUUUGCCGUCAAUUAUUUUCCUUAUGCUCUAGAUGGAUCAAUGAAGCAGUAAGUGAGGGAGCUUUGAAGAUCAAAACAUUCUUUAUUCUUGUUCUGACGGUUUUGUGGGGUAGCCAUGGAAGUGGGUUUGGGAGCUCGGAGACCCUUAUGUUGUAGAGCUAUGUUCAAUGAGAGAACUGGGUGCUUAAAGAUCAAACCUUUCGUUGGGUCAUAUCCCUGUUCAAGAACAACACUAUGUACAUCGUGGCAUAGUGACGGCAUGGCAAGAGGGAUUUCACAUCGAAUUUAUGCUAGUGCAGAUUUUUCAAAGAGGAGACAGAGAAGAUUGUCUACUUCAAAGCCUAAAGGACCUUCUCCAAAGGGAUUGGUGCCAAAAACACAGGUAGGGACAAGCUCGCAGAGGAAAGAGGAAGAGAAUAAUUUUGAGAAAGAGGAUUUGACUGUUCCUACAUCGGGUGAGUAUGCAGGUCCCGGCAAGAAAGAACUUGAAUCAAAUUUUGCUAUUGAGGAAGAAUCUGCUGAAGUUUACUGGGAGGAAGAGGUUGAUGAAUCUGAAAAGGAAAAGAAAAGUGAUGAUGUACCAUCAACAAGCAAUGAAUUUACUGUUGCUAAGAACACCAGGAAGUUAGAAAAUGGAAAUAUAAUCAGGGUAGUUGAAGAUGUUGGAGUGUUACAAAAGGAAACAUCUUCUGUUAAUAAAGUUGAAAAUUUGACCAAAGAAGUAGCUUCAGAGGGGAAGCUUUUGGAUAGUACAAAGAAUAAAAGUCAUUUGGAUAGCGUAAAGAGUCUAAAGAUCGAUGACACUCUGAAGGCUAAAACUCUUAAAUCUGAUGAAAGAACUGAAGAUGAUUCUCUGAAACUGAAGAUAGAAAUGGAAGUGAAAUUGCGUAAGCAGGAAAUCGAGAGGCUUGCUGAUCAGAAUUUCUCAAAGGGGAACAAAAUUUUUGUUUACCCUCAGGUGAUAAAACCUGAUCAAGACAUAGAAGUGUUCCUUAAUAGAAGUCUCUCCACUCUGAAUAAUGAGCCAGAUGUUUUAAUCAUGGGGGCCUUUAAUGACUGGCGAUGGAAAUCUUUUACUGUGAGGUUACAUAAGACCCAUUUGAAUGGGGAUUGGUGGUCUUGCCAGCUUCAUGUUCCAAAAGAAGCAUAUAAGAUGGACUUUGUGUUUUUCAAUGGGCAAAAUGUCUAUGACAAUAAUGAUAAAAAGGAUUUCUGCAUUCCUGUGGAGGGUGGAAUGGAUAUCUUUUCCUUUGAAGAUUUCUUGCUUGAGGAGAAGCGGAGGGAACUAGAGAAACUUGCUGAGGAGCAAGCUGAAAGGGAAAGGCAGGAGGAAGAGCAUAGAAGAAUGGAAGCAGAGAAGACAGCAACUGAUGCAGAUAGAGCGCAGGCAAAGGUGGAGAUUGAAAGCAGGCGAGAAAAUUUGCAAAUCGUGCUGAGAAAGGCUGUAAAAUCAGCUGAUAAUGUUUGGUUCAUUGAACCUAGUGAGUUUAAAGGUGAGGAUAGGGUGCGGUUGUAUUAUAACAAAAGCUCAGGCCCUCUUGCUCAUUCCAGGGAACUUUGGAUUCAUGGUGGGCACAAUAAUUGGAAGGAUGGAUUAAUAAUUGCUGAAAGGCUUGUCAGCUCUGAAAGAGAGGGUGGUGAUUGGUGGUAUGCCGAUGUUACUGUACCUGACCGAUCCCUUGUAUUGGAUUGGGUCUUUGCUGAUGGACCACCUCAGGGUGCUAUUGUGUAUGACAAUAAUAACCAUCAAGAUUUUCAUGCUAUUGUCCCUCAAUGCCUUCCUGAAGAACUGUACUGGAUUGAGGAAGAACGUGAGACUUUUAGGAGACACCAACAGGAGAGAAGAUUGAGAGAGGAAGCUAUACGUGCCAAAGCUGAAAAAACGGCACGCAUGAAAGCUGAGACAAAAGAAAAAACUUUGAGAAGGUUUCUGCUUUCUCAAAAGCAUAUAGUUUGCACUGAACCUCUUGAUGUUCAAGCUGGAAGUACAGUGACAGUUCUAUACAACCCUGCUAACACGGUUCUGAAUGGGAAGCCUGAAGUUUGGUUCAGAUGCUCAUUCAAUCGUUGGACACAUAGGUUGGGUCCAUUACCACCCCAGAAAAUGUUGCCUUCCGAUGGUGGUUCUGUUGUCAAAGCCACUGUUAAGGUUCCAUUGGAUGCAUACAUGAUGGACUUUGUAUUCUCUGAGGAGGAAAAUGGUGGAAUAUUUGACAACAACCAUGGCAUGGAUUACCACAUACCUGUUUUUGGAGGAAUUGUGAAAGAGCCACCAAUGCACAUUGUGCAUAUUGCUGUUGAGAUGGCCCCCAUAGCAAAGGUUGGGGGCCUAGGUGAUGUUGUCACUAGUCUCUCCCGUGCUGUUCAAGAUUUAAAGCACAAUGUUGACAUCAUUCUUCCAAAGUAUGACUGCUUGAAACUUAGCCAUGUGAAGGACUUGCAGUAUCGGAGGAGCUAUUCUUGGGGUGGGACUGAAAUUAAAGUUUGGCAUGGGAAAGUCGAAGGCCUUCCAGUUUACUUUCUGGAACCACAAAAUGGGUUCUUUUGGAAGGGUUGCAUAUAUGGUUGCAGAAAUGAUGCAGAGAGGUUUGGUUUCUUUUGUCAUGCUGCUCUUGAAUAUCUACAGCAAGAUGGAUUUCACCCUGAUAUUAUCCAUUGCCAUGAUUGGUCUAGCGCUCCAGUUGCAUUGUUGUUUAAGGACCACUAUAUGCAUUAUGGUCUUAGCAAGGCUCGCGUUGUAUUCACUAUACAUAACCUUGAAUUUGGAGCACACUUCAUUGAGAAAGCUAUGGCAUAUUCAGACAAGGCUACCACUGUAUCCCACACUUACUCAAAGGAGGUUGCUGGAAACCCUGCAGUUGCACCUCAUCUCCACAAGUUUCAUGGAAUAUUAAAUGGAAUUGAUCCAGAUAUUUGGGAUCCAUUUAAUGACAAAAUUAUUCCUGUAUCUUAUACUUCAGAAAAUGUUAUUGAAGGCAAGAGAGCUGCCAAGGAAGCCUUGCAGCGAAGACUUGGCUUGAAAGUGUUUGAUCACCCUUUGGUUGGAAUUAUUACUCGCUUAACUCACCAGAAAGGAAUCCAUCUUAUCAAGCAUGCAAUUUGGCAGGCACUAGAGCGUAAUGGACAGGUUGUAUUGCUUGGUUCAGCUCCAGAUCCUCGCAUCCAGAAUGAUUUCGUGAAUUUAGCCAACCAGCUGCAUUCAUCUCAUGGGGAUCGUGCUCGCCUAUGUUUGACUUAUGAUGAACCUCUCUCACACUUGAUAUAUGCCGGUGCAGAUUUCAUUCUUGUCCCUUCAAUUUUUGAGCCAUGUGGACUAACACAGCUGGUAGCUAUGAGAUACGGAUCUAUACCUGUUGUUCGAAAAACUGGAGGACUUUACGACACAGUCUUUGACGUUGAUCAUGAUAAAGAAAGAGCACAAGCACAAGGUCUUGAACCAAAUGGAUUCAGUUUUGAAGGAGCUGACAGUGGUGGAGUGGAUUACGCCCUCAAUAGGGCAAUCUCUGCUUGGUACGACGGACGGGAUUGGUUCAACUCAUUAUGCAAGAGGGUGAUGGAGCAAGACUGGUCUUGGAACCGGCCUGCUCUUGACUACUUGGAGCUCUACCAUGCAGCACGGAAAUGAACCCAGUGAACCAGCCAGUCAUGGAGGACAAAACGAAGCUCAUUCCCAUGCCGUACUUUGUACAGGUUUAGUGAUAAUUGUUAGUAAUCUUGACAUUGAAAAGCAUACCCAUUUUCCUUAGUUGGACAUGGUUCAUCCAUUUUUUGUAGCAUAAAGCAAAUAGGCUGUCUUCAAAAUUACACGGUGCAUCACUGUUAAAAUGCUAAUAAUAGUGAUUCAUGUAUCAACAAUGAAUAAAACAUAUUGCAAUUAAGGGUAAAGGUAAAA